AUGGCUACAGACGGGCAGAGUGAAGGGCCUCCUGCCACGGAUGUGGAGCGCGUUUUUGCCGAGUGGGAAGAAUGCUUCCAACGGCAUAAGCAGGAGUUGCAGGCGCUCAGAUCACCACAACAAGAAUACAAGGCGAAGGUCGACGCUAUCGACGCCCGAAUAUCGCAGUGGUGGGCUGCGUAUGACGAGAUGUCAAGCGCUGAGAAGCAACAGGAGCGGGAUAGCCUGGGCCUGUUGUUCACGGAAAAGUCGAGCCUCGCUGGUCGAUAUCAGUCGACGCUGGAAGCUCAACAAGCGGUAUAUGAGAGGCGACAACGACAAGUCUUCCAGCGCCUACACGCAGCUGUGGACGGUCUAGUGCGCGGUCACUGGCCUGAUGGUACAAAGCGGAAUGAUCCAGACACGGACAGAGGCAGUCAAAUUGAAGAUAGUACCAGGGUGUUUGACUCAGAAGCCGAAGUCGAAGAGGAUCCUGUAGAAAAUAUCGGAGAUUCCGAGGGUGUCUCCGAUGAUGAUAAUUCUGAAGAGGAGGGACAUGCGGUUACACCGAAAGGUAACACGGAAAAGGCUAAUGAGGAAGGACGCAAACGACGCCGGAACAGGAGUUCUCGAUUUUCCAGUGGUGGUCGUGCCGGAAUGCGCACUGCGGAAAGUCCAGAGACUAAAAUGAGAGGACAACGGGGACGGCUCCGAGGACGGCUCCGAGGACGACCUCGAGGACGUGCCCGAGGGCGUGGCCGAAGCGAAACCAUGUCGGGGAGAACUCGAUCAGGAGGCUGUGGAGACGAGCCCACAGACGAUGCAGCACAAGAAACGCUAGGUCCCGGUUGGAGGCAGGUUGGCUCUGUCUUCCGACAUGGACCGGAACCCUCUCGUCGUCGCGCCCCCCGAGCAGAGCGAGAUGAUUCAGAAGAGAACACCUAUGUACGUCGCGCGCCUGGGGAGGUGUGCCUGGCAUACUUUGGGGACAAUGCUGUUAAGACCCCUAUUCUGAUUUUGCCUCUAAACGACAUGGAGUCUAUCGGAAUCAGCGAGAACCUUUCCACCCUUCAUCUGGAUGAAGAUAUGCCCAAGUGCUGUUUAUUCAGCUCGCGCUCUCAGAAGUAUCAAUGGGCGCGAGGGUAUGAGGACGAUGGGAGGCUCGAAUCAAACCGGGAAUAUCCAGUCCUAUGCUUAAUUAGCUCCCAACUGAAAAAAUGCCCAGCCUCAUGGGUCGCCGGUUGUGAUAUGAUCAGUGUUCAAGAUGAUGAGGUGGGAUGGAAGCUAAAUCACCACUAUCAUGAAGCGUGCGACGUCCUCCGCAAGAUCAAAUUAACGCCAGCCAGGAAUACAGACGACAUCCAAAAUCAUCGAAAUUCAACUCCACUUUUGGAGGUGGCCGAUACUAUGCGCACAAACCUUCUUGAGAAAGGUAAAUCAAACCCUGAACCUGAAAGGUCAACUCAACCAGAGACAUUCUCCGACCCAAAUGGUGGACCGUUAUCUGAAGAAACAACAUCUGGAAAUGUAGUUCAUCCAAAUGAUAAAAUUGAGAGUGAAUCAACCGCCCAAGAUUCCGAGAGCGGCACGGCAUCCAAGAAUGCAUUAUCAUCCUUUUCGGCCGAGACAGGUCAGGCACGACACGAGAGCGGUGGUUUUGAAGAAUCCUACUUGGAGAACCUCGCUCAUACUAGUCUCAACUAUGCUCGUAACAAGGCUGAUAUGAUGGAGGGAGGAAAUUGUGAAACCAGCCGCCCUCAGGAAGCUGCUACUGGUCAUUUUACAUUUCCUUCUAUAGCCGGAGAACACCCUGCAGAGCAACUAGGAGAGCAUCGCCCUUCAGCAUCAUCAAUUCCUCCAAUCGUGGGAGCCCAAGCUCCGGGAGGAGAAACUUCGAACGUAGCAGGGCCGAAUCCACAAGAAGCCUCCCCUCGCACUCGAGCUCAAAUUGGAGAGAUGUUUCAUGAGAUUGAGCGUCAUAUGGCAAAGAGACAAAUCCCCGUUCAUUGGGCUUCCGGGCCGCCAGGACUGUCCUCUCAGGCCUCAACGACAGCGCAGUCCUACCAAGCAUCUUCCACGGAUCCGUACCCGCACCAACCACAGACCAAUCGCCACCAGAUUCCUCUUUCCCAAAAUACCCCGAAAGAUUUACUCAAGAGGUCCAGCCAGGCCAAUUUCAGGCCUUACCAGAUGACUGGCGUCAAUUCGAACCCGGCCCUCUGCGGGACGACCUCGACCACUGGGUACGACAGUACAACCGUAACCCUGGAAUUGGGAGCUUGA